CACCCCGCCUAUUCACCCCCUAUUGGGCUAUUUACCCCCUUUGGGGGCUAUUUCUGCCCCCCCCUUGGUGUUAUUUACCCCCCCAUUGGGUUAUUUGCCCCCCCCGCCUCUCUUUGUCCCCCUCCUCUCACUAUUUGCCCCCUCUUGGGGUAUUUGCACUCCCCCCCCGGGCUAUUUACCCCCUUUGGGGGUCUCCCCCCCCCCCGGGGGGCAAAUAAAGGCCAGAGAUUGGUACCUGCUGCCUCCCCCCGGCUGCUUCCUGUGGGGGGGCCCCAGUGACACCCAGUGUGGGACUGGGAGCGCUGGGAAUGACCAUGGGGAGGGGAUUCACUGGUGGCUACUCCGGGGUUGGGCCCAUCCAUGGCCUUUGGGGGGGUCCAUUUGGGAUCCUGCUCCUCUGGGGGGGGGGGGUGUUAUCCGGAUGCUUCCCAGUUUGGGAACUGGUUUUCCCAGGGUUUAGGGGGGGAUUUGGGGGGUUGGGGGUUGGUUUCGUAUCCCGGGAAUGCCGCCGUUUGGAUCCGCGUCGGCUCCGACCCGCUGCGAUGUUGGAAGCAGGAGCUGGAGCUGGUUAAAGGAUUCCAAUGGAAAAGCGGGAAUUCUUCCCCAUCGAGCUGAAAUGUGGGGAUUUCUGGGAUGUUUCCCAUGGAAUUUGGGGGGAAAAGCUGGGAUUUGGGAGUGUGGAUGCACUCAUCCACAUGGGAAUGGGGCUGGAUGGGUCUCAAACCCCGUUAAAACCAGGGAAUUCCAGAAUUCCAGAUGAAAUUCCCCCCAAAAUGGGCCAAUUCCCAACAAUUCCCCUCCCCUCCGUGGCCUUUUCCCGUUUGUUUGCACUUUUCCUCGUUGGAUUUUGGACUCCCCAGGUUUCACUCGUCCCGGGCUCCGCUCCCAAAAGGAUCCCAAAACGGCCUGAAAGCAGCCUAAAAACCCGGGAAUUCCAUCCACGUGGGAGCUGAGCUCUUCAAUCCCGAGCUCUGGAAGUGGCCGUUGGGAUGCGGAUGCUCGAGCUCUUCCUCCUCCUCUUCCUCCUCCAAGAUGCUGGAAUGUCUCCAAUGGGAGCGAUGGGAAUUCCACAGCCCCGGGGCAGCAGCCGGAGCCCACGGUGGGUGCCACGCACCGAGGACCCCCCUUCGCCCCUCAAGUGGGUGCAGUUCAGAGGCCAAGUGCCCAACGACACCGUGUCCAACUGGAACGACUACGCCAAGAGGCUGGAAUUCGUCUGCUCGGCGGCGAGCUGCGACACGGGCGCCCACGUCCCCGCGCGGGGACCCUUCUGCUUCUACCCCUUCGCCGAGCGGGAGCAUCGCAGCGAGGACUUCAAGCUCCUGGUCAACACCGGUGGCUUCGAGGCGCUGCGCUGGGUGGACGCGUCCUUCGGCGCCGUGCCCGAGGGCGCCGUGGAGAGUUGUCCCUACGACGACAUCUUCGUGGCCAGGACCAGCUACGGCUUGGGCAAGGUGGUGAAGGAGGAACGAGCCGCCUUCGUGGUGGUGGAUGGGGAGGAGGUUUGGUUCAAGUGGUACCAGGUUCUCGUGGCCCACAAGGGUCCAUCCAACGUCACCAUCGGUGAUGUCCUCUACAACGUGAGCGAGGCCGUGGUGAGCACCGAGGACGUCACCCUGACCCAAAGCACGGUGAGGAACCAGGGCUGCGGCGCCCAGCCCAGCGCCAUCCCCAUGGAGGAGGCCACCGAGGUGGAGCACGACUGGGAGCUCACCCCCAAACUCUUCUCCAGCAUCCAAGGGGUGCUCGAAGCCGCCCCAUUGCUCUUCAACGGGACGAGCUGGGACGUGGCCAAUGUCAGCACCAUGCCCUGGGCAGGAGGAGCCAGCACCAGUGAGUACGUGCUCCACAAGCACGUGCUGGAGCAGGAGGUGGCACCCGGCACCGCGUGCGCCGUGGCGCUGGUUGGGCGCCGCGUGGACGCCCGUGUCCCCUUCACCGCCCGGGUGACGCGGGUCUAUGGGGAUGGGUUCCGGCACCGCGUGGCCGCGGCCGGGUGGGCUCGGACCCGCUCGGUGCUGGGUGUCAGCCCCAGCUUCGGGCCCUGUUGGCCCAUUGACGUGGAGCCGCCGUGCCGGGUGUGAGCCCCCAACCCCAUUGGGAAGCCCCCAUUCCCAGCUUGGGAAGCCUUUGGGGGUGAUGGAGGCCGAUUGUCACCGUUGAGCCGCGGCGCUGAGGGCUCCGUCUCCGAAUUUGCCCCCAACCGAGGUGUCAACAAGCCAAAAUGCAGCAAAA